CAAACGUUCUACUUCCAAAUUCUAAUUAAACAACACAAAACUACACUAAAAUAUUCCCUCAUACACAACAUCAUUUUCACUAAUUAGAUGCUACACGAGGGCGGCAGCGACGAGUUCCACCGCCGGCCAGACCCGAGCGCAGUAGACGCAGCCAACCCUCGGGUCCUAACCAUCUUGUCCUACGUGCUUGAAAAGCUCGUAGCACGAAAUGACCAGUUACUAAUGCUAGGCCGCCAUAUUGUUGCUGAAGAUAAUGGGCUCAUGAGUAACGGUGAAGGCGGCCUAAAGAGGAUACUAGGGAAGAAUUUUAAUGCAUUUCAUGGGGUGAGAGCGCCCAACAUAAGUAUACCAAAGUAUUUGGAGAGGUUAUACAAGUAUACGAAUUGUAGCCCUUCUUGUUUUGUGGUGGGGUAUGUGUAUAUUGAUAGAUUGGGGCAUAAGUACCCAGAUUCUCUCCUGGUUUCUUUGAAUGUGCAUAGGUUGCUUGUCACCAGUGUUAUGGUUGCUUCCAAAAUGCUCGAUGAUUCACACUACAACAAUGAGUUCUAUGCCCGUGUUGGAGGAGUAAGCAAUGCAGAAUUAAACAAGCUGGAAUUAGAACUGCUAUUCUUGCUAGAUUUUGGAGUUAAUGUAAGUGCGCGAGUUUUCGAGAGUUAUUGCCAGUAUUUGGAGAAGGAAAUGUUGAGCAAUGGACCAGGCCUCAAGAUUGAAAAGCCAGCAAUUAAUAGCAGUACUGGUAUUGUUGAUGAUGCCACUGAAAUUUCAGUAGAAGAUACUCAUGACACUUCUUCACCAUCCCAAUUGCUAGACUGAUUACGUCGAUCAUCAGUGACAGAGCUAUAAAUUCUAACGAGAUGAUUCAGUAAAAUGUAAAAAUAUUUACAUGUUCAUGUGUUACUUUUCCUAUAUUCGUGUAAGUUAUCUUGCUGUGACUGUCAUUGUGCAACUGAUCAAACACUUUAAAGUAUUUCAAUUUGUGCA